AUGGACCAAUUCCCAAAGCUUCGACCGGUCGGUCGCAUGGAGCUAUGCUCCACCGCACGCCAUCACCUAAGAUUCUAUUACAAUGUAGCGGUAGCAGCAACUUACACACUGCCGCCAACAUUUACCCUCCCAAUCAAAGACUAUGUCUACAAAGCAUGUGAAAUACUCAUUGCGCAGCACCCAAUUCUCUCGGCCGUCCCAAUCGGCGAGGAGACAAAGGAACCUUACUUUGUGCGUCUCCCGAACAUCGACCUGAGCCAAUCGGUCUUUUUCCAGAAGCGUGAGCACGGUUUCCCCGAUGCAGAAGACCGAGAUGAAGAGCUAGACGCGCUGCUGAGUACCCAGCAUAACACUGCUUUUGAACUCCCGUUGCCAUUCUGGAGAAUUUUCGUGUUGACCGAUGAUGCCGAUGAGACCGAAAGACGGUUCACCGUCGUCUUUUUCUUCCAUCAUGCUAUCUCUGACGGCUCUUCGGGAAAGGUCUUCCACAGGACCUUCCUGCAAGCGUUGCAAUCCUUGUCAUCGUUGACAGUCGAUGAUGUCAAGGAAGUUAUUCCAUCGCCUGAUUCGCCGCUUCUGCCGCCUGGGGAAGCCGUCCAUCCUAAGCCAGUAUCGUACUCCUACCUGGCUGUUCAACUCUUCAAAGCUAAGAUAUAUGACCCUCGUGAUCCUGGUUUAUGGACCGGAUCGGAGGUCAAGCUCCCACUGGAGACGAAGCCAAAACACAUCGUCUUCCCAAAGCAUAUAUCAUCAACAUUCAGGGACCGCUGCCGCGAAAACAAGACAACCAUAACAGCCGCUCUCCAAACAGUCAUCGCUCGCUCCCUCUUCGCCCAUCUUCCCGAAUCCUCCACGAAGGUCAGGUGCUCCGGCGCGAUGUCCAAUCGCCGCUGGCUUCCUGACCCCAUCACAGAAGAUUCGAUGGGCGUCUGGGUUCAAGAAUACACCGAAGACUACUCCCGGAAAGAUCUCGAUGAGGCCUCAUUCCCCUGGUCCGUGACCGUGCGGUCUCGCGCGACAAUCGAAAAGGAACUCAGCAAAGAGGGCAAGGACACUACCGCCAAUCUCCUUAGGUACGUAAACGAUUACCAAAACGAGCUCUACCUGUCAAAGGUCGGGCUGCCGAGGUCGUCUACCUACGAGGUGUCGAAUAUCGGGGCUUUUACUUCUAGCACGUCAGCAGAAGGGAUACCGCGGGUUGGGCGUGUCGUUUUCUCACAGAGUGCGUCUGUUACGGGAAGCGCGUUUGAGGUCUCGGUUGUUUCAGGUGGUGAUGGUUGUUUGGUGUUGAUGUUUACGUGGCAGAAGGGUGUCGUGGAGGAUUUAUUUAUCCUGAAUGUUAUCGAGUCGGUGAGGAAGGAGGUGUACGAUCUUUGUGUGUAA